GGCUGGGGUGUGGACCCCUGGAUCUGAGCCAGGAGGGCUGGGGUCUGUAUCCACUAGCCUGCUGAUUGAGAGCUAGUAGAUAGGGCUCCUGGGACUCCAGAGUGCCAGACAAGGCCUGAGGAGGUGGCACCGCGGACCUGGAGCCUAGGUCCUGGAUCCCCCUCCAGGUUUGGCAAGACACUUCCUUUGCCAGGUGAGAUCCGCCCGGAGGAAGAAGGAAGAAGGAGCGGGCGGGGGACUAGGAGACGGAGGCGGACUCCAAGGCCGGGAGGGGUAGCAGCUUGAGCCAAAGCCCGAGGGCGCCCGCCCAGCUCCGUGAGGACCACGAGAUGCCAGUGCUGAAGCAACUGGGCCCUGCACAGCCCAAGAAGCGUCCUGAGCGCGGCACGCUGUCCAUCUCGGCGCCCCUCGGUGACUUUCGACACACGCUGCACGUGGGGCGCGGCGGCGAUGCCUUCGGGGACACCUCGUUCCUGAGCCGUCACGGAGGCGGACCGCCUCCCGAACCCCGCGCACCUCCAGCGAGAGCCCCGCGCACACCGCCGCCACCCGCCAUCCCUCAGCCCCCAGCGCCCGGCCUCCGCACGCCGGCACCCGCCGACCCGCUGCUGUCCUUCCACCUGGACCUGGGCCCCUCCAUGCUAGACGCGGUAUUGGGCGUCAUGGACGCAGAGCGCGCGGAAGCCACGGUCGACAAGCCAGACGGGGAUGCCCGGCCCGGGACGCAGCAUUCCAGGGCCCGUUGCCGCCCUAACGCCGACCUAGAGCUGGACGAAGUCAUUGGCCUGUAGCCCCGGAUUCACUACCCUCUUGUCUGGCACCCCAUUUCUGUACACAUAAACGGCCGAGGUUUGCUCCCGAACUCAGUCUGUUUACUUUGUGCGUGAAGGCGUGAGGAGGGAGGGCAGUGGUGGGGUUCCUGCGCCUUAUAUAGCCAGGUGCGCAGGUGC